AUGAUAGGCAUCGAUGCAAAAAAUAAACAUAGUCUUGAUACAAAGUAUAUUUGUUCUGUGUGCUCAUUGAUACUACGGGAUCCUGUACAAUUAAGUGAAUGUGGCCAUCGACAGUGUCAAUCAUGUUUCGAUGCUCAACAUGAAAUAACAAUUAAAUGUCGACAAUGUCAAUCUGAAACAUCACGAAGCGAGAUACUACUUGAUCGAGGCUUCAAAAAUGAUAUGAAAUCAAUACCUAUUGAGUGUUCCUCUUGCCAAUGGACUGGUAUCUUAAAUAAUUAUCAAGAACAUCUAGAUGAACAUCAUUCAAAUUCAAAAUGCGAAUAUUGUGGGAAAGAAUUUAACUCAGUUAACAAAUACAAUGAACAUAAAAUCUCCGAAUGUGAGAAACUGAUUGUCGAUUGUAUAUUGAAAGACUUUGGUUGUAAUGAACAAAUUAUUCGUGCCGAACUGGAAGAUCAUUAUAUAACUGAACAGCAUCAACAUGCUAUACUGAAAGUUGUUCGUCAAAUGUUAUCGCAAUUAAAUGGUAGACAUAUGGAUAAUGAUUUUUCUCAAGCAACAACUACAGAAACUAGUAAUCCAGGCACAGCUGAAUUACAAGAGCUUUAUGAAAUGCUCAACAUCUUGUCAAGUGGUAUUGAAACAUUGAAUAAUGACCAAGAACGUCUAAGCAAUGAAUCACUUCAAAUUCAAGUAACAAUUCCAACAUUAACAGAAGAAUUAUCAAAAGUUAAAUUAUCGAUUGAAGAAUCAAAUGGUUUUCUAGAAGGAGUGAAACAUAAUCAAGACGUUCUCAAUCAAGAUUUAGCAUCAGUGCAGGAAAAAGUCAAUGAUUUGCAAUAUGCUUCAUAUGAUGGAACUUUGGUUUGGAAAAUUACAAACUUUCAAGAAAAAAUGAUUGAUGCACAGUCUGAAAGACAAACAUCUAUUUAUUCACCUUCAUUUUAUUCAUCUUCAACCGGCUAUAAAAUGAGAGCUCGCCUUUAUUUAAAUGGUGAUGGAAAUGCACGUCGUACACAUAUGUCACUCUUUUUUGUGCUUAUGCGAAGUGUGAACGAUCCGAUUCUCAAAUUUCCGUUCAACUAUAAAGUCACCUUCUGUUUAUACGACCAGACGCCGGCACAACGACAUAUUAUUGAUUCAUUUCGACCAGACAUUCGAUCAAGUAGUUUUCAACGACCUCGAUCAGAUAUGAAUAUAGCCAGUGGUAUACCAAAAUUUUUUCCAUUGGAAAUGAUUCAACAGGAGGCAAAUCCUUAUGUACGAGAUGACACAAUGUUCAUUAAAAUUAUGGUCGAUUUUGGAGACAUACCCAAAACACUGUUACCUUAUGCUUUGAGUCUCAAUCCAGGUGUACCAACUCAUAUUCAACAAGCAAUGAUGAAGCAAGAAGCCGAGCGAAGAUCUCAACAACGGCCUGGAGAGCAGCUGUAG